UAUAACAAUAUUUUCCUACAUUCCAUAUUACCACCUUUUUCUCAAAUUGUUAUUUUAAUUAUUAUAUAGUAAGCGUAAUUUUUAAGAUAUUGUUCAUAGAGACAUAAAACAAGAAAAUAUUCUCAUGGCAAAAAACGAACAAGACCCAAAGGACGAAAAUUUCAUAAAACUAUCAGAUUUCGGUCUGAGCAUCAUAAAAACGGGGCGAGGACUUCAAAAUAUGAUGCAGGACUUUUGCGGAACCACUGGCUACAUGUCCCCAGAAAUCUUGGAACAGAAGGCUUACAGCGAACUGUGCGACGUUUGGGCCAUCGGAAUCAUUUUUUACCAACUUCUCUUUGGUCAACGGCCAUUUAGAGGGGCCAACGAUAUUGAUAUUAAAGAGAAAAUAAUAAAUGAUGAGCCGUUCUACGAAUCAGACAGGAUUCAAGUGAACGGUGAUGCGAUUCAUUUGUUGAAAGCAAUGCUGACGAAAAGUCCCACCAAUAGAAUCACGACUGCGCUUAUUUUGGACCAUCCGUAUCUGUCGAAAAAAUUAUCGAAGCAGUCCAAGACGACGUUGCCAGAUUACAAUGUUUUGAAUACGAUGAGUCAAUGGAAGGACGAAAUGAAAGUCGAGACUACAAAUAGAAAAUCGGCUCAGGACUGGGAUAACAAUUUGUUUCAAUUUCAGAGAUUUGAUUAG